UUCACUUAUGAAAUGAGGAAGUGUUCUAACCGGUCGUGUUAGUUACUUUAAACAUUGUUCACCACACUGCUCAGUGAUAAAGAACAACGGGAGUGGCGGAGAUGGCAGGGAUUUGGCUCUCUCCGGAUCUUCUGCUGUGGAUUUUAGUGAUAGCUCAGACAGGUCAAACACAAAUGACGACGACUACAAUUGUAUCUUCCACAACUCCGGCGACAACGGUCACGAUUCAAACAUCACCUGCAACGACUGCUUACCCAUGGAUUAUAACCAAUUCAUCGACUACGGCAGAUUUAAGUAUAACAACAUCUACAACUGAAUCAACAACUUCCACAACUCCAGUGACAACAGUCACGAUUCAAACAUCACCUGCAACGACUGCUUAUCCAUGGAUUAUAACCAAUUCAUCGAAUGCGGCCCUGCGUCUGGUCGACAGCCAGUACAGCUGCCAGGGGCGGGUGGAGAUACUUCAGAAUGGCACAUGGGAGAGCGUAUGCUUCUAUUACCCAUCCAUUAGCUAUGCUGUGUGCCAGGAGUUGGGUUGUGGCCAAUCAAUUUUUUACAAUUAUUACUAUGUGGAAGGGUAUAAUACCGCGUGGUCCGCCUCAUGCACGGGAUUAGAGAAAUCAAUGUCCCAGUGCACGCUGUCACGGCAAAACCAGUACUGUAAUGGUGCAUACUGGGACCCAACAAAGAGCUACGUUUCAUGUUCAGCUGCAGGGCUCCGUCUGGUUGGAGGUGCCAACCGCUGUGAGGGCCGCAUGGAAGUCUACAAAAAUGGCGUGUGGGGAGAGCUCUGCAGCUCCACUGUGAACAGAGACAUCGCAGACGGCAUUUGCCGUCUGCUGGGCUGUGGCUGGAGCCUUGCUUAUGGUAGUAACGUGUCGGCAUUUGGACUCGGACAGGGAACCAUCUUCCCAGAUAACCUAUCCUCACCUGGCAACAGAAUAUAUGAUAACCUUGUAUACGGAACUAACAAUUGCAACCUUUCACAGACAGCUGCCAUCAUUUGUGAAGCAUCCGGGAACGGAAACCAAUCGCUGAUCAUAACUGGAUCAACGAAUGAUAUGAUUCAUCUGGUUGACCGUGAAAUGGAAUGUCAAGGUCGCGUGGAGAUAUUUAACAAUGGAGAAUGGGGAGCAGUAUGCGGAAGCACUUCCUACAUGGGCUACGUUGCCUGCCGUGAAUUGGAAUGUGGAUAUGAAAUAUCGUCCACACGUUACAACACUCCACUACCAGUGCCCACGUUGAGUGUUCAGUGCGACAUUGCUGCAAAUAAUAUAUCGGAAUGCAAUGUGACACCAAGAAAUAAGUAUGACUGUUUACAGGACGGAUAUUACUACACUCUUUGCUCAGCGAAAGGACUCCGUCUUGUGGGUGGAACAAAUCGCUGUGAGGGCCGGGUGGCGAUUUCUAGAAAUGGUGUUUGGAAUGAAAUCUGUGAUUCAACUGUCGACACUCAAGAUGCAGACAUGAUUUGCCGUCUGCUCGGCUGCGGUUGGAGUGUAGCCCAUGGAAUGAUGUCGCAGUUUGGUGUUGGAGCUGGAACAAUAUUGCCUGAUAAUUUAGUUUGCUCACCUUAUCCGAAUCAAAUAUUUGACUGUUUGCAGUUUGGGACAAAUAAUUGCAGCCAACUUCAAACAGCAGCAAUAAUCUGCGAGGCUUCAGGGACUGCAAACCCUCAAGUGAUUGUCACCGGAACGGAAAAUGGAACAAUUCGGCUUGUGGAUCGUGAAAUGAAUUGCAGAGGCCGAGUAGAAAUAAUGAACAACGGCACCUGGGGCUCAGUUUGUGACGCUGGCUGGACUUUAGGUGCUGCUGAUGUUGUGUGCCGACAAAUGCAAUGUGGGAAUGCUGUCGAUAACCAGGCCUACUAUGGCAAGGGCCCCAGCCCCAAGUGGACAGCCACGUGUGGGUCAUUGGAAGAUUCUCUCUUCAAGUGCACACUGACCGAAGGAAAUCCAAACUCUUGCACUCGGAUAUCAGAUGCCGGUGUUCAAUGUACAGGUGCAGGACUGCGUCUCAUAAAUGGAAGGAACCGCUGCGAGGGACAGGUAGAAGUCAUCAAGAGCUCUGUGUGGAGCAGAGUGUGCAGCUCCGCGUUGGACACUCACGGCGCAGAUACGAUCUGCCGUCUUCUGGGCUGUGGGUGGAGUUUGUCUCACGGAAGCUUGACCCAGUUUGUGAAUACGUCCGCGACAAUCCUCUCGGACAACGUCGCGUGCGCAGCGUUCCCAAAUACUAUAUUUGACUGCCUUCAAACAGGGACACAAAAUUGCAGCAAUAUGGAAACUGCCGCCGUAAUUUGUGAAGCUGCUGAACCUACAAGCCCACAAUUGAUCAUAACUGCAAGUGUAGAUGGAACAAUUCAGCUGGUGGAUAGAGACGUGAUGUGCCAGGGAAAGGUGGAAAUCUACAACAACGGUUCUGUGAGCACUCUCUGCAGAGACAAUUGGAAUGAGUACCAACGUGAGAUUGUGUGCCAGCAGUUGAAUUGUGGCAGCAGUGCACAGCGUUACGACUACUGGAACGAGCAAUAUUACUUUGGCAUUGGCCGGGGGACUUCACAGCAUGUUCAGUGUGGAGGCACAGAGCAAGCGCUCACCGAUUGCACGCUGUCUCCGGAAAACUCCUUCACGUGUACCAACAAGGGGACGGCCGGCGUUGUGUGUACCGCUGCAGGGCUCCGUCUGGUUGGAGGUGCCAACCGCUGUGAGGGCCGCAUGGAAGUCUACAAGAAUGGCGUGUGGGGAGAGCUCUGCAGCUCCACUCUGAACAGAGACAUCGCAGACGGCAUUUGCCAUCUCCUGGGCUGUGGCUGGAGCCUUGCUUAUGGUAGUAACGUGUCGGCAUUUGGACUCGGACAGGGAACCAUCUUCCCAGAUAACCUAUCCUCCAUUACUGUCAGCAUAUUUUCAAGUCUCCGGGAUGGAACAAACAAUUGUAGCUAUGACCAGACAGCUGCCAUCAUUUGUGAAGCUGCUGGGACUGCAAACCAUUCUUUGUUUGUAACUGGAUCAACAAAUGGAAGAGUGCGUCUGGUGGACCGUGAGUUGGAAUGCCAGGGCCGCGUGGAAGUGUUUCACAACGGCUCCUGGGGCACGUUGUGUGGGUCCAGCUGGGAUGUGUGUGGCGAGUUGCAAUGUGGAAGUCUCGUGAAUGCCAUCACGCACCAUGGCUUAUUGCAGCGUCCAACAUGGAACGCCCAUUGCAGUGGCGUGGAGCAGAGUCUUGCCGACUGCGCCCUGACGCCAGGAAACAAGCAUGAUUGUGCACUUAGUGGAUAUGCUGGCGUCGUUUGUUCAGCCGCUCGCGUUCGACUUCUGGGAGGCAACAGCAGAUGUGAGGGUUUGUUGGAGGUCUACAGGAACGGAGCCUGGGUCGGGCUUUGUAGCUCAGUGCUGGAUUACCAAGACGCCGAUGUGAUCUGCAAGUCUCUCCACUGCGGAAAAGCAUCGUUCGUUGGAAACACAACCGAGUUUGGCCUCGGAUCCACUUCUGUUCUUUCACAAAGCGUUGCUUGCGUUAAAACUGCAACUUCCAUUGGAGAUUGCAGUUGGCUUGACUCCGUACCGUGUCAUUAUACACAAGCGGCCUCUGUGAUUUGUGCAGUUCCUGUGGAGAAAACAAUAGUCUUUUCAGGAUAUGAUGGAGUCAUAUUGUCUAACAAUUUUACCAUGGAUGACAAGUCCCUGACCUAUACAUUUCUAAUACAAUCCAGAUCUCCAAAUGUAAUAAAAAUUAAAAUUGAGAACAUAAGCUUGCAAGAGAGCAACUCGUGCGUACUGCAACGGCUCGAGGUUUGGGAUGGACAGGUGAGCGAAGGCAACUCCCUGGCUGUGCUCUGUGGGGGAGCCGCUGUUGGCCAACACAUCAAGUCCACGAAACAGGUCAUCUCCUUGGUGUUAAAGACAAGAGGACCGUUAGAUGGUCGAGGAUUCAACAUUAGCUACAGCUCCAUUAAAGUCACAAGGCCUUCAGUACCUGUAACUUGUGGGACGACAUCAGUAAACACACAGAGUCCCUGGGUGGUUCAAAUGCAGAACGUGUACGGCUAUUCCUCUUGCAAUGGUGUGCUCAUUGGAAUUCGAUGGAUACUAACUCCUGCAAACUGUGUUAACAACCGACCAGUUUAUGAGUGGCAAGUGAAUUGGUUGGGAUACCUUAGCGGGUGGUGGGGGUGGUGGAAUUGGGGCUGGUUUGGGAAUAUCGCUGUGGCGAAUAUAUUUGUGCACCCGAAGUACAAUGCCUCCCGCCCUGACUACGACAUCGCUGUGGUGGAAUUAAGUCAAAGCAUACAACCGACGGAGUACAUAAAACCGGCGUGUUUGCCAUACUUUUCUGAAGCCGUGCCUUUUCCCGGAAAAUACUGCUUCCUUCAUUCGACUUCAGGUAGACAAAGUUCACCCUACAGCAUCAUCGACACGAACGAGUGCAAGUCUUUCCAGUUCAACAACAGCGGCAUCACCAGUCGGAUGAUCUGCACCCAGUCCGAACAUUGCGGGGAUAUGUCACCCCAAUACCUGAUGUGUCAAGGUGUGGAUGGCCUGUGGUACGUGGCUGGAAUUGGCAAUCGUCUGGCGCGGUGUGAGCCCAACGGAAUAGAUCUACGCGCCUUCGCAAGGGUUCGGAAAUUCGUAGCCUUCAUUAAAGAAACCUCUGGCCUAGAAGCCUAUCAUCAAGUAUAACUACACAGAGCAACCACAUCAUGGGGUACGGAAGAGAAUGUGGGGCAAUUCAUCAACGAAUUUACCUUAAAUUGGUCACCUAAAUUUGAAGUUAAUCAAGUCAGUAAUUGCCGAUUGAACAUAACACUUAAAAUGAAUGGUAUAUUGAUCAAAAUCUAAAUUCAAUAUUUUACAAUCUUUAAAAAGAAAUGUAUAUUGCAUACUGCUCGGUUACAUGUGGUGUGGACCAAUUUUUUCCAGUGGCCAUAAAACUAAAAAGUACAAACCAUUAAU